UUCAUGUUGAUUCUUUCAUAAUUAAAUUGGGUUGUUGAUCUUUUCACACACUCAAGGAAGGCGGGGAACUGGUCAUGUGCCCGCGGAUUUACGAUCUAAAAUCAGCUUGAUAGAGAUUCGUUGAAGUUGUGCGGUUUUGGGAUACUGGAUGGUUAAUACCGUCAUGGGUACCUUGCACAGCGGGCAGAUGGUGGGGUCAACAACGAUCCGACAUCGCAAUCCACUCAUCUUCACCGUCGACAACCAAUAGGCACUGGGGAAGUGUGUCAAACUUGUAGCAACGGUUUCUAGUGGAUGAGAGCUUUGCGAGUCGUUUUGAGCUGGUCGUGGAGGCAUUCCAUUCUUUCUUCUCCCAUUCUCGUUUGGGAGGCAGGUUGAGAGGCGACCGCGAAAGGGGACAGGCCAUCACGAACAUCCCAACAUGUCGGCUUCGCUACCGGGCAAUCGCGAGCUGCCUGAGUCGCAGUAUGAUCUCAACACGUACUGGGGCCGCGUGAGGCAAACGGCGGGCAUCACUGAUCCCAGAACACUUUUCACGGGGAAACAUGGCCUCGAGGAAGCGAAGAGUCGACUGAUUGCGUACAAACAAGGCCAGGUUCACGAGAUGACACCGGAGCUAUGGAGGGCGAAGAAGAUUGUGGACUCUACACUGCAUCCAGAUACGGGGGAGCCGGUCCUCUUGCCCUUCCGGAUGUCCUGCUUCGUCUUGUCCAAUUUGAUAGUGACGGCUGGCAUGCUCACGCCAGGGCUCCAGACAACCGGUACCAUCGCCUGGCAAGUCGCCAAUCAAUCCCUCAACGUGGCCAUCAACAACGCGAACGCCAACAAGUCCACUCCCUUAUCAUACAGCAAGAUCGCGCAAUCCUACUUCCUCGCUGUGGGCGCCUCAUGUUCUGUCGCCGUAGGCCUCAACUCGCUCGUGCCCCGCCUCAAGCGCAUUUCCCCCGCUACCCGAACCAUCCUGGGCCGCCUAGUCCCCUUCGCUGCCGUCGCGUCCGCCGGCGCGCUCAACGUAUUCCUCAUGCGAGGAGAGGAGAUGCGCACCGGCAUCGACGUCUUCCCCGUACUCUCGGAGAAGGACAAGGUCCGGCUGGCGAGCGAGGGCAAAGCCGAAAAUGACGUGCCGAGCCUGGGCAAGAGCAAGAAGGCGGCCACGCUGGCGGUCAGCGAGACGGCCCUCAGUCGCGUGUUGAACAGCAGUCCCAUCAUGGUCGUCCCGCCCUUAGUUCUCGUCCGUCUGCAGCGCACUAAGUGGCUCAAAAACAACCCAAGGUAUACCACUCCCGUCAAUUUGGGUUUGAUUCUCGCCAUGAGCUACAUCGCGUUGCCGCUUGCGCUGGCGGCGUUCCCGACAAGGCAGCGUAUUAGCGCCGAUACGCUGGAGGAGGAGUUUCACGACAAGGGGGGCGAAAACGGCAUGGUAGUUUUCAAUCGCGGUAUCUAGAGAGCAGUCAUCUUGCACAUGCAUAACCGGGCGUUGGGCUAGAAGAUUGCUCGCUGGUUUGCUUGCUGGCUGAACAGGGUUCGAGUUUGAAGCCUUGUUUCCGGCUUGAUUAACGUGCAUGGCUUGGCUUGCUGGGCGUUUGAGGUGCAGAUGCAAGAAAAGUGCAAUAGAUAUUUGAUCUUAUGGCGUCCUACAAGCAUGAAUCAUCCAAAUAGCAAUUCGGAAGAUUGUCCGUUUC